AUGGAGUUCCACCACAGCGUGGAAAUGAACGGCGUGACAGAGUUGCUGUGCCCCAACGGCUGUAAGAGCGACAGCUCCGUGCAGCGGGUGAGAGGAGGCGAAGCGGCGCGCGUCACAACGGAGGAGCGGCGAGCGGCGGCCAUGCAGUCAGCCUACUCCAACAUCCUGCGCGCUCUCGGAGAGGACACCGAGCGGGAAGGACUGCUCAAAACUCCUCUCCGAGCCGCCAAGGCCAUGCAGUUCCUCACCAAGGGCUACCACCAAACCAUCCACGAUGUCCUUAAUAAUGCCAUUUUUGAAGAAGAUCAUGACGAGAUGGUUAUAGUGAAAGACAUUGACAUGUUCUCUCUUUGUGAACAUCAUCUCGUACCAUUCUUCGGGAAGGUCCACAUAGGGUAUUUACCAACUAAGAAAGUGGUUGGCCUUAGUAAACUUGCCAGGAUUGUAGAAAUCUACAGCCGCAGACUGCAAGUCCAAGAGCGUCUGACGAAGCAAAUUGCUAUGGCCAUCUCUGAAGCCCUGCAGCCAGCAGGAGUAGCAGUAGUCAUUGAAGCAACUCACAUGUGCAUGGUCAUGCGUGGUGUGCAGAAGAUAAACAGCCGUACUAUGACCAGUACCAUGCUGGGAGUAUUCAGAGAGGAUCCGAAGACUCGCGACGAGUUUCUGGCUUUGAUCAAGGGCUGUUUAGUGUCCCACUGA